AUGCACGCAAUUUUUGACGCCUUCGGGGAUGGGCGUUCUGUAACUGAGGUUGCUAUGGAGCUAGCUCAGGUCGCUUCCUCCGAGAAGGUCAGCUGGCCUCCUGUUAAAGCUUCUUCUAGAGCUUCCAAGCCGAGCUCUCACAGCACUAAAUCAGCUCGGCCCUCUAGCCGUGGUGGGUUGAGCUCAAAGUCUACUGAACAAGUGGGACAGGGUGCUGCCCAUUCUACUGAGGGGGUGUCGAGGGGAAAGUUUAAGUCCCCUGCUGAAGACAAGGAGACUUCUGGGACGGGGAUGGAGAUCAUCCUCCUAGGAGAUCAAAGUCCAGAGGUUUCUGGUGAAAGUGCCCCUGCCCCUGUGAGGACUGAACCUGAGGGUUCUGAGGGCAUUCCAACAAAGACCGGGGGCAAGCGCCCAGCCUCUUCUGGAAAAUCUGCCUCCUCUCCUGCCCGGAAGAAGUCCAGGGUUGCCACAGGAUCUUCUCCAGCUCUUCCUCCCAUUGGGAAAGGGAAAGGUGUUGCGGCUGACCCUUCAUUGCCUUCUCCUGGCAAUUCUCUGAAGACGUCGGGUAUUACAUCCGAGUCUCCGGCCAGUGCUGUGACGGGCCUCUUGAUGGAGGUGGAUAUCCGUGAUCGCUCCCUUCGGGAGUCCGUGGAUCGCCGAAUUGAAGAGGCACGUCUAGAAGAGAAUAUAUCUGCCACCAGUGAUGCGAGGGGCAAUUUGGUAGCUGCUCGGGAGCAGAUCCAGUCCCUCCAGGUGGAAUUGCAUUCUGCUUUGGAGGCCCUCAAAAAGGCUGAAGAGAAAACAGCCGAGACGGCAAAGCAUACCUCGUCCUUAGAAGAUGAGUUGUCUCGGACUCGCAAUGUUCUCCAGGAGGCUGAUGAGAGGGCAGCUACCUUGGAGGUUCGCUGUAGAGGAGUGCUAGAGCAGCUGUCCUCUAUGACAGAGGCUCUCAAGGAGAGAGAUGAGGCCGUUAGCCAGAAAGCUGAAGUCCAGCGCCAAUUUGAUGCCUUAAAGGCUGAUCUCGAAGGACUUCAGACUCAUCUGGAGGAAGUAAAGGCUCAGAAAGAGAUGGCCUUAGCUCGGGUGCAGGUCCUUGAGCAGGAGUUGGGCACAAGCUCUGAUCCUGCUCGGGAGCAGAUCCAGUCCCUCCAGGUGGAAUUGCAUUCUGCGUUGGAGGCCCUCAAAAAGGCUGAAGAGAAAACAGCCGAGACGGCAAAGCAUACCUCGUCCUUAGAAGAUGAGUUGUCUCGGACUCGCAAUGUUCUCCAGGAGGCUGAUGAGAGGGCAGCUACCUUGGAGGUUCGCUGUAGAGGAGUGCUAGAGCAGCUGUCCUCUAUGACAGAGGCUCUCAAGGAGAGAGAUGAGGCCGUUAGCCAGAAAGCUGAAGUCCAGCGCCAAUUUGAUGCCUUAAAGGCUGAUCUCGAAGGACUUCAGACUCAUCUGGAGGAAGUAAAGGCUCAGAAAGAGAUGGCCUUAGCUCGGGUGCAGGUCCUUGAGCAGGAGUUGGGCACAAGCUCUGAUCGUUCAAAUGCAGUAGUAGCUGUAGGUGGGUUUGCUGGUGCAAAGGUUUAUGCAGUAGGGGCAGAUGUGACAGCAAGUGCUUCAGCUGGUGCAGAAAAAUCAGCAGGUGUAGCAACAGCUCUGUGA